AUGGCUGCCCCGCUCCCAACAACUACAACCACAACACUGCCGACCCGGCCGGUGCUGGCGACGGCCCGCUGCUCAAACAGGAAGCGGAAAUGGCCCGGCACGGCCCGCCCCGCGACGCGACGCGACGAGCCCGAACGCGCGGGAAAGUCCGCGUUUGAACCGGUCGGGUCGGUCAACGGCAGCGCGGGCGCGGGCCCCGGGCUGAGUGAUUCCGCGUGGUCCUACCGCCCACUCGCCCGCCCGGUUAACCGGUUACUGCAGAGCGGGGCAAGUUGGGUGGGAAUAGAGGAAACGUUUGCAAUGUCAUCCGGCUGGAGGGGCGGCAGGAGUUGGCGGGGUGGCAGAGGGUCUGGCAACGGUGGUGGAGCAUGGAAGGGAAAACCUUGGCGAGGAAGAGGAAACUGCGACAGAUCCAGGCGAGGCGAGGGAAGUUUUCAACAGCCAAAGCCUCCUCAACCCCGCCUAAUUCAAGGAACUUUGAAUGAAUUUUUACCCUAUAAGGGUUGGAAUCUUUAUUUUUCAGAUGCUUACGUUGGGAGCUCCCCUAUUGUGCAGAAGAUUAAAGCAUUUGAAAAGUUCUUCACAAAUCAUAUUGAUUUGUAUGACAAGGAUGAAAUAGAACGAAAAGAAAGCAUCUUGGUUGACUUUAAGGAGCUUGUGAAUGAUAAGGAGCUAACUGUUCUCGUGCCUAAUUUGGCUACUGAAUUGAGGGAUAUGCCAGAAAAAAUAUUGGAUUGCCUAGGAUUAGCAGUUCAUCAGGUAAUAACUAGAGAUCUUGAAAGGCAGACAGCUCAGUUGGAACAAGGACUACCAAGUGAAGAGGCUGCCAUUAUAAAUGUUCCUUACAUUCAUGUACGGGUCUAUAACUAUGAGCUUCUGACGUUGUUGAGAAAUUUGCGAGCUAAUUGCUAUGGGAAGUACAUUUCUUUGCGUGGAACAGUUGUUCGUGUCAGCAACGUUAAACCUGUCUGUACCAGAAUGGCCUUCACAUGCAAUGGAUGUGGCGAUACUCAAAGUCUACCUCUUCCAGAUGGGAAAUAUACAAUCCCAACAAAGUGUUUAGAACCAGAUUGUCGCAGUCGAUCGUUUACACCAAACAGAAGCUCUUCAUUAACGGUCACUGUAGACUGGCAAUCUAUCAAACUCCAGGAACUUGCAUCAGAUGAUAAGCGAGAGGCUGGGAGAAUUCCUCGAACUAUCGAGUGUGAGCUUGUUCAAGACUUGGUAGACAGUUGUGUUCCAGGAGAUAUGGUGACCGUCACAGGGAUUGUCAAGGUGGCAAAUAGUAGUGAAGGAAAAUCUAGAAACAAAGAUGACAAAUGCAUGUUCCUCUUGUAUAUUGAGGCCAACUCUAUAAGUAAUGGAAAAGGACGGAGGAAUGUGAGUUCGGAAGAGUUAUCUGGUGGUUUGUCUUCCAUGGAGUUUACACUUAAAGAUCUAUAUGCAAUUCAAGAGAUUCAGGCUGAAAAAAAUCUUCUCAAAUUAUUUGUGAAUUCGUUGUGUCCUGCUAUCUAUGGUCAUGAGCUAGUCAAAACAGGAUUAAUAUUGGCACUCUUUGGAGGCUGCCAAAAAUAUGUGGAUGAUAAGAACCGUAUUCCUGUUCGAGGUGAUCCUCAUAUCUUGAUAGUUGGUGAUCCUGGACUGGGAAAAAGCCAACUUUUACAGGCCGUGUGCAAUAUUGCCCCACGAGGAGUAUACGUCUGUGGCAACACCACUACCACUUCGGGACUUACCGUAACUUUGUCUCGGGACAGUGGAACAGGAGACUUUGCAUUGGAAGCAGGAGCUCUUGUACUUGGUGAUCAAGGCAUUUGCUGUAUUGAUGAAUUUGACAAAAUGGGAAACCAGCACCAGGCCUUGCUAGAAGCCAUGGAGCAACAGAGUAUUAGUUUAGCGAAAGCUGGAAUCGUUUGCAAUUUGCCUGCCAGAACUUCAAUCCUUGCUGCUGCUAAUCCUGUUGGAGGUCACUAUAGCAAAGCUAAAACGGUGUCUGAGAACUUGAAAAUGGGUAGUGCUCUUCUUUCAAGAUUUGAUUUGGUAUUUAUUCUGCUUGAUACUCCAAACGAAGAUCACGACAGCCUUCUUUCUGAACAUGUGAUGGCUUUGCAUGCAGGGAGGAAGACAGUUCUGAGCAGUGCCACAGUUUCACGUCACAGCACACAAGAUACUAACAAUUCAUUUCUUGAAACUGUUCAAGACAAAUCUUUAUCAGACCGGUUAAAGGUUUCACCUGGAGAACAUUUUGAUCCUCUACCUCAUCAGUUACUCAGAAAAUAUGUAGGAUAUGCACGUCAUUAUGUUUCUCCAAAGUUAUCCAUUGAAGCAGCCCAAGUACUUCAGGAGUUUUACCUGGAGUUGAGGAGACAAAAUCAAGGUCCAGAUAGCACUCCAAUUACCACAAGACAGCUCGAGUCCCUUAUAAGGCUCACAGAGGCAAGAGCAAAAUUAGAGCUUCGAGAAAGUGCAGCAAAAAGUGAUGCAGAGGAUGUUGUGGAUAUCAUGAAACACAGCUUACUAGAUACUUUCUCCGAUGAGUUUGGAAGAUUAGACUUCCAACGCUCGCAGCAUGGAUCUGGUAUGAGCAAACGAUCCCAGGCUAAACGAUUUGUGGCUGCUUUGAACAAAAUAGCAGAACAGACGUAUAAAACUGUUUUUGAAUUUCAACAACUCAAGGAAAUAGCAAGAGAAAUACAAGUACAGGUAUCUGAUUUUGAUGGAUUUAUUCACUCUUUGAAUGAUCAAGGCUACUUGUUAAAAAAGGGACCAAGGCUUUAUCAGCUCCAAACCAUGUGACUGCAAGGUGCUGCGGCAUCUGCCUCGCAGAUUGAACAUUUAUCUACAUAGGAGUCCAAUGUGCAAGCGUGGAGUACAUACAGAUUUGAGGCACUCAGAAGUUUCCACCCAGAUCUUCUCACCAGAUUUGUAGUGAGAAGGAAGAGAAAAUUUGUCACCAAAUGUUUAUUUUUCCCAAUGUGAAACAUUAUUGCAAAUAUUACAUGUCUUAUUUAUGAUGUUUUGUCACUACAUUUCAUAUUUAUAUUAUGGAAAUAAGUCUAAUGUCUGCUGACAUUUAAUGUUAACCAUUAGUAGAAUGUAUUAU